AUGUUCUUUACUAUUAACCCUUUUGGGAACAUGAAUUUGCACUAUAGUAUUUGGCCGGUUCUUAUAUACCCAUAUAAUCUUCCUCCGUGGAUGUGCAUGAAGGAGCCUUAUGUUUUCAUGACUUUGCAUAUUCCUGGACCCAAGGGUCCAUGCCAUGACAUCGAUGUAUACAUGAGGCCAUUGAUAGACGAAUUACGAACAUUGUGGGAAAUUGGUGUUGAAACGUAUGAUAUAUAUGCAAAGCAGAAUUUUCAUAUGAGAGCUGCACUUCUUUGGACUAUCAAUGAUUAUCUAGCAUAUGCAUACAUGUCAGGUUGGAGUACGUCUGGCAAAUUGGCAUGCCCAUAUUGUGCAUCUAAUACUUCGCAUUGUCGGUUAUCUCAUGGGUCUAAAACAUGUUAUUUGGGUCAUAGGAGAUUUUUACCGUUUGACCACGUAUGGCGUAAUCAACGAAGCCAAUUUGAUAAUACAAGGGAAAUAAGACUUGCACCCAAGAGACCAUCUGGUGAUGAUGUGAUAAAUGAACUUAGUGAAUUAAGAUAA